AUUUUUAAUCGAUUCUAUCGAGUUCUAGUUAUGUCAUACACGAUGCAGCUGUCAGUCGCUAUUAUGAAUGUGUUUAUAUUGGUUUGUGUUGGUAAUUGAAAUGUUUCAAAAAAAGAAUAAAGUUUGAAGAAUGUGUCAAUCGAUUACGUUUAAUUAAAGAAUGUUAGGACUAGUUCAGUACGUUGUAGUAAGGGGAGACCUUUCCAAAGCGAUGGGAUGGCCAAUGGGUGCUAUAAUAGCUCAAGCGUGUCACGCAUGCACAGCUGUUACUCAUCUAUUUUACAACGAUAGCAAUACGCAAUCUUACCUCGCAGAUUUGGAUUCAAUGCAUAAAGUUGUUCUUGAAGCAUUCGACGAGGCCGAUUUACAUACUUUGUGUUCCAAACUGAAGGAGGACGACAUCCAUCACAAGCUGUGGAUAGAACAGCCGGAGAACAUUGCAACUUGUCUGGUUGUUCGCUUGCUCAUGCGAAUCAAAGGAAGAUCAAGACAUUUCAAAGCGGACGGGUAAAAUCGUAGUCCAAUUAAUAUCCGCAUUUAUUGUUUAUCUUCUUUAUAGAAGCAGUCUGUUUUGUCUAUUGACAUCGAACGGAAUUAUAAUUCGGACUACUACCACGCAAGAGCACGAUUUAUUCUUUUUUAUAAAUCUGCACAAAUCUAGUUAACGAUCGGCAGAAUAUAUAUUCCGAGAUUACAUAUACACUUAAUUUAAUUUAAUUUAUUUCUUUUUUCUUUUCUUUUCUCUUCUUUUUGUUCUUUUUUUUAUAAUUAAUCGCUAAUAUUGACAAUGUGUACAGAUAAACUCGUUCGUUUUUAAAACUAGCGCGACUAUUAACUCUGGUCGACGAUAUAAAGCGGAGGCCGCACGGCGACUCUCGAUUUGCACGACUAUGAUAAUAAAAUCCGUAUAAAAAUCUGACAUAAUCUCUUUUUUUUAUCUUCUUUUUUUUCUUUCGUUUUUGUUUUUUCUUGUAGUAUCAGGUCGGAAGAAUCUUUCAAUAUAAUUUCAAAUUAAUCGUAUCCGCAGAUGAUAUAUAAUUUAUUUGAUAAAUCGAUAAUUAAACACGUCAAUAAUGAUACGCAGGACAUAGUUACGGGAUUUUAAAC